AUGAGCAUCGGUUCCACCUCCAUCUCGACAUCCGCCGGUACAGCCAUGCGUACCGUCGUCGUCCUUGGUGCCGCGUAUGGCGGUGCUCACGCCGCACAGAUGCUGGGUGCGAGCCUGCCGGCCAACUACCGCGUGCUGGUCGUGGACCGCAACUCCCACAUGAACCACGUCUACGUUUUCCCACGCUUCAUCACCGUCCCCCGCCUUGCACCCAAGGGCUUCAUCCCGUAUUACAACAUGUUCGCCUACCCUCCUCUCGACUUUAGCAAGCCGAAGGAGGAAGUCGACAAGGAGAUUGCUGAACGCGCCAAGGCCGCCAAGUCACUCCCUACCCCUCCAGCGACACGCGAUGGCUCACCAGAGCCCGACACGCGCCACGAGUUCAUUCAGGCCAACGUUGUGUCUCUGUCCAAGAACAGCCUGACCAUCCUCAAGCCGGACGCGGAGGGCAGCUACGACGGAGUCAAGGAUGACGGCAGCGACGCGCCGUCCGAUCGCCUUUGCACGAUCGACUUUGACUACUGCAUCUACGCACUGGGCGCGGGUCUCCCCGCACCUUGUGACGUGUGGGGCGAGUACGGACGCACCCAGCUCCCUGGUCGCGGUACCAAGGCUGGAGGUCUGAACUGGAUGAACACCCGUGGCGAGCUUUUGGCAAAGGCAGAGCGCAUUGUGCUUGUCGGCGCCGGCGCUCUGGGCAUUCAGUUUGCGACCGACCUCAAGGACCUCUAUCCUUCCAAGGAGGUUACUCUCCUCCACUCGCGUACCCGCGUGCUGCCCAGGUAUCCCCAGGAGAUGCACGACGAGGUGAUCAAGGGACUGGAGCGUGCUGGCGUCCAGGUGGUUCUUGGAGAACGUGUCACCGAGUGGCCCGAGAACCCUGACGUUCUUGGCGAGCCCAAGGUCGUUCGCACCGACAAGGGCAGCGAGUUCACUGCCGACCUCGUUCUCGCGUGCACUGGCCAGAAGCCCCACGUUGACCUGGUUCGUGGCCUCGGCGACGUGAUUGCCGACACUGGCCGCAUCCGCGUCAAGCCCACUACGCAGAUCCAGGUCGGUCCCAUUUCGGAAGAACCCAAGUCGGACAGCAUCUCGGCUGCUGUGGAGAAGCUCUCUCUGGAGCCCAGCGAGACCCUCGACCACAUCUUUGCGGUCGGUGACUGCGCGGACACGACUGCUAUCCAGGCCGGGCACACCGCCUACUGGCAGGGCGAGGUUGCGGUUCGCAACCUCCUGCGCCUCGUCAAAGCUCGCGAGGGCGAGGACCUCGAGGAGCUCGAGACCUAUGCUCCCGGCGCACCAGCAAUCAAGGUCACUUUGGGUCUCAAGCACUACGUGAUUGCCAAUGCGGAUGGUGUCAAGCCCGGUGACGACGGUGUGGAGGACCUCCAGGCCAGGCUGAUGUGGCCGACCUUCAAUGCGGGAGAGUUUGACGACGACGCUUAG